AUGGAUGUUCAAAAAUGGUAUUCGAGAACUUCAAAAUUGGCUCUGGCCUUGGCAAUUAUCCACUCAAAACCAGCAGACAGAAGUAGCAGAGAAUACACAGAACACCUUGCAAUGCUGGUGUCUGAGCCAGAGUCAAAGUGGAGAUCAAAAGUCAAAGCCUUGGAAGCUGAAGUUCUGCAAUUACGUCAGAACCUUCUUCUAAGCAGAAUUUGUUCAGGAUCAUUUAAGAGUGGAAACCUGUCUUCUGAGUUCCAGGCUCAGGAACCUAGAAGUUCUGAAAAUACAUUAACUCUGAUGGAAGAUUCUGGGUGUGUUUUAUCAAAUGAGCAGAGAACCGAGUCUUUAGAGCUGCCCCAGCAUUUUGUGGAGAGCUGUACCCCCACACCCUUUCCACCAUUGCCUCUUAUGAAAAGACCCUGUGCUACCCUGGAAAAUCCUCUGUCUUCUCACAUGCAAUUUUUGCAACAUCUACUUGAACUGAAGAACUUGACAGAAUCAGGUAGUUUGAAAACAGACUUAACUUAUUUUGAAAAAGACUUUUCCAUAGUCUCUGAGUCUGUUUUUCUGUUGCUGGAUGGCCUGAUUACUUUUUACCAUAAUCCUAAACCUCCUUUUUCAAGCUUUUGGACAGAAGCUGUUGAUACUUUAGCUAGACUGAUCAGUGAUUAUAACUUAUCUAAUCAUAUUCUUAAGAAGUGUUCCAAGAAGUUGGAAGAAUUUGAGAAAACUCUACUACGGGUUAUUUUAGGGAACAACAAUAUAAAUCGGUUUCAGGUGCAGCAUUAUGCCUCUCAUAGUCUGGUAACCCUAGGACAUUGCAGCUUGUUGAGAAAAUCUAUUAUACCUCUGCUUCUAUCAGAAGUAAAUAGCUUUGCUGAUGAUCUGGGAGCUGUGAAUCAGGAGGCAGCCAGUUACGAUGUGACACGCUAUGAAAAUAUUUUCUUCCUGUUCUGGGUUCUGGAGCAGCUUCUUCAAAAGGAAACUGAAGAAGGCAACACUGCAAGUAUAGGGCAUGAUGACCAAGAAAUCAAGAAAUUUCUUCAGAAGCAUGAUGAAACUAUUUUCCAACUUUCUGAUGCAUUUCCUUUAUUUACUUUUUAUUUAUGGAGACUAGGCAUUCUCUUGAACUCAUCAGAGAUAGAAACUGUUAAAAAUAAUUCAGUUCCUUAG